GUCCAUUGCAAACUGGGACAAAUCAUGCCAUCCCGAAGGUCUCAUACAAAGUCCCGUAACGGAUGCGGAGAAUGUAAGAGGCGAAGAGUAAAGUGCAAUGAACAGUAUCCUUGCCACAACUGUCUCAAAAACAACAGUGACUGCAUCUACGGGGCAUAUUUCGGGCAGUCAAAAGCCCAGGCUGCCUUUACUCAUAAUUCACUCUCUCCGGGCCCAAAAGGACUCCCCACCUUCCCCAGGAUGGACUCCGUUAGCACAGCUGUAGACAGCUCGUCUUUCACUUUUUUUAGUGGGGCAAAUUCCUGGCUCCAAGAUCUUGAGCUGAUGCAUCACUUCAGCACCGUUGUCUACAAGACGCUCGCCAGUCGCAAAGCAGUCCAUGAUGUCUGGGGUAUUGCUCUCCCGCGGGAGGCUUAUUCGUGCGAGUGCCUCAUGCAUGGUCUACUCGCACUAUCGGCAUCACACCUUGCCACACUCAGUUCCCAAAGAGUGGCUCACUAUACGAACCUAUCGGCAUCUCAUCUGCAUAGGUCUCUUUGUCUUUUCAGAGUGGUGCUUGCUGAUAUCUCGGUCGUCAACUGCAUCCCGGCAUUUGCUCUGUCGUCACUUCUCGUCAUACAGGUUUGUGCACAGCCGAUAUUGGAUAAAUCCAGGCCCACCGUCGAAAAACUCAUAAAGUUGUUCAACAUGUGUCGCGGGGUUGGGACUAUUCUUGCGCCAUACGGUGCAAAUAUCCAGCAGAGCUCUCUAAGCUCCUUGCUUCAUGAUGACUAUAACUUCUUUAACAAGCUACAAAGAUCAAAAGAUAUCCAUCCAACAAAUUCCCAAGUCUCACCUCUUGCGCGGCUAAGAGACUUGAUAAAGGGUCAGACCCUCAAUCAUUGGGAAGAAAGCGUGUACUUCGAUGCCCUGAGCCAGCUAGAGAUCUCAUUUGAUUUUAUACAAGCGGCUAAGAAUCCGUUGGAAUGGGGGAUGGCCUUUGUUUGGCCUGUCCUGCUUAAAAAGGAGUUUCUCAAUCUUCUCGGACAACUCAGGCCUCUUUCCCUAGUGAUGCUCUCACACUACUGCGUACUUUUGUAUCAUUUUGACCACCUUUGGUUCUUGAAUGGCUGGGCUAAGGCUCUUCUUACGGAGAUCGGGGAUACUCUGACCUUGGAGCUACAGAUGUGGAUUGAUUGGCCUAGGGAAGUGUGCGGUUUGAGGCAUCCGCGAGUUUAAGAAACUGGGCAUAUUAAUUGUGGCAGUUGGCUUCUACCCACUCACAAUUCGCUGGCUGGAUGGACUAAGUCUGAAGGAAAGCUACGUACAAUAUUUGGACCAGGGAUACAGAACUUUGUUUAGCAACAGUUUGAGUGUCGAUUGGAA